CCGCCCGCUUGGAGCUCGAAAAUGCCGCCGCCGACUCGUAUCCGAGUAUCCAGUACUAGUGUCAAUGGGAACCGGUUCUUCAGUCAGCUAGUGUGGCAGCCGCGCUUGGACCUGACCCCUGCACCGCUGGCGGCGCGCUGCUGAUUGAUUAACUGUCGUACGCGAUCAGCUGAUUGAGUGCGGCCGCGUGCACCGGCGAACUUACGGCACGCCUCUACAUGUGCUUCGGUUACUACACUUACUACGUUUGUGUCAUGAUGUGUAGCCAAGUAUUUGGGUGUUGACGAUUUUUUCGUGUUUCCAAUGUGUCGGCUGACGUUACCUCCGCCUGCUUGCAAGAACCCCGGGAAAAUGAAGAUCUGCACGUAUUUGCUGUUGAGUUUUUUAGCAGUGCGAGCGUCCCCCGAGCCGCGGCGAGCACCGAGUAUCCUGGAACCACCUCAUCACGUGGACUUCACUAAUGACACAGGGACCUUGCUCAGCUGCGCCACAAGGGGAGACUAUCAGUUGGACUGGCUGCUCCCGGAUAACACGGUGGCUGGUUCCUUAAAGGGUCUGCGGCGGGUACUGGCAAAUGGGUCUCUAGAACUGUCUCCCUUCCCUGCUGAGCACUACAGGAGGGAUGUCCACGCCACCACAUACAGAUGUCGAUUACGACUCAGCAGCGGGUUCGCCAUACUCUCCAAGAACAUUCAUGUACAUGCUGCACUAAAUAUACCAUGGGAGAUCCACGUACCAGACGAGUACGUGAUGGCGGGGAACGCAGCAGUCCUGCGGUGUGUGGUGCCGCCACACUGCGCCGAUCGCGUCAGCAGCACCGACUGGUUCACUGACGACCAGACCAAUGUGCCGCAUCAUUUAGGGUCUAAGUACCAGCGUCUAGACGACGGCUCGUUGUACAUAAGUGGUGUAAGCCCACGAGACCGGCACAACGCGUUCCGGUGCCGUGUACGGGACCGGAUCACCGGGACCUUGUACACUAGCCCUUAUUUUGGUCACGUAAUAGUGACAGAACCAAAGGGUGGCGUGAGGCCGCGGAUGGCGAUAGAGCCGCGCACGCGCCGAAUACAAGCCGGACAUGAUGUCCGACUACCAUGUGCUGCGCAUGCAUGGCCUGUGCCUAGCUACAGGUGGUUUCGCGAGCACCACGAAGAGCUGGUUCCCAUAGAGAAGACAUCUCUAUGGUCUCGGGCGCGGCUCCUUGGUAGCGGUCUGCUGAGCUUGCAAGCGCUGCGGCGUGAAGAUGCUGGCCGCUUCGUGUGCUGGCUCAACAAUACUGUAGGGGGAGAAUCCGUGCACUUUACACUUAUAAUCACAGAACCCAUCUCCGUCCGAAUAAAACCCGAAGUGGUGCGAACGAAAACGAAUGCUGACGUCACGUUUGAAUGUAAAGUGUCCGGGCAUCCAAUAGAACUUGUCUAUUGGGUCCACGACGCUAAAGUUGUCAAACCAAACGAGAGAAUAAAAAUGUCUGAAGACGGCCUAAGAUUACAUAUCAAGAAUUCUCAGAAGGAAGACCAAGGAGUGUAUCAAUGCUUUGUUAGUAAUACAAAGGAUCAGGCUUAUGGAGUCUCCGAGUACUUAAUAGAUGUGGCGGAGAGUCGGUCGCGGUUGCCUGGCAACCGGUCGAGACGAGCUCCUUACGCCCGAAGCACACACACACAUGAUACUGACUGGAACUUCACUGGUACUAGAGAAUCGAAGCCGGAGCUCGUCUAUUGGUUCUCGGAACAAACCCUGCAGCCAGGACCGAGUGUGUCCUUGAAAUGUGUGGCGAUGGGUCAUCCUCCACCACAGUUCACAUGGCUACUUGAUGGAUUCCCUAUUCCAACUAACUCUAGAUUCGUAGUGGGCCAGCACGUGACACUACAAGACGACGUGGUCAGCCAUUUGAACAUCAGUCGCGUGACAGAACAAGAUGGCGGCGAGUACGCUUGCGUCGCAGCUAACAGUGCCGGGAAGGCGCUGCACGCUGCCCGCGUCAACGUGUACGGGCUUCCGUACAUACGAGAGAUGCCUAAAGUGACAGCCGUCGCGGGCAGCGAUCUGAAUAUAAAGUGCCCAGUCGCCGGGUACCCGAUCGAGUCAAUCACGUGGGAAAGAGAUGGCCAAAAUCUGCCUUUGAACAGAAGACAGAAGGUGUUUCCGAAUGGCACGCUGAUCGUGGAGCAGACACAGAGAGGAGAGGAUGCUGGUACUUACACCUGCCAGGCAGCUAAUAGACAACGACACGCUGCCAGGCGUGAUGUCGAAGUACAGAUAUUAGUUCAGCCAAAAAUAUUACCCAUACCGGCGUUAACAAAUUUAUUGCGUGAAGGCAUGAGAGCGGCUAUAUCCUGCCAGAUCUUGGAAGGUGACCUACCAGUAGCAUUUCGAUGGGAGAAAAAUGGUCAACCGGUGACGUCAUCACCAUACGCACCAAGUGGUAUCAUUACAAGAAGAAUGGACGAAUACAGCGCGUCAUUAGUUAUAGAGCAGGUGACGUCACUACACAGCGGGAAUUACACGUGCAUUGCGUCUAAUGUUGCUGGGUCAGAACGGUACACCAUACCGCUAACAGUCAAUGUACCACCUCGAUGGCGGUUGGAACCUAACGAUGUGGCAGUAGCUGCCGGUCAAGACGUGACAUUACAAUGCCAAGCUGAUGGAUACCCGAAACCGAUCAUUACGUGGAAGAAAGCAGUUGGUAACACUCCUGGCGAAUACAAAGACUUCAUGUUUGAAGGGAGCUCAAGGGUCCUGGAGAAUGGCUCGCUCGUGUUCGAGCGAGUCGCCAAAGACAGCGAGGGACAUUAUCUUUGUGAAGCUAGAAACGACAUAGGCGCCGGAUUGAGCAAACUCAUCUUCAUAAAAGUCAACGCACCAGCAAGGUUUCCGAUGAAGAGUAAAACAGUGCAGGUCACAGCUGGAGAAGCUGCUCACUUGCAGUGCGCUGCAUCGGGAGACUCACCUUUGGAAGUCAGCUGGCGAAGUCCCCAUCAUCACACUAUUGCACAUCAUUUAGAUCAAAGAUACACAAUACGAGAACAAGUGCUGGACGAUGGCUUGGUGUCUGAGUUGAGCAUCCUACAGACUUACCGACAAGACACAGGAGCACUGACCUGCCGAGCUUCCAACGCCUAUGGACAGGAUGAAAUGUUGAUACAUCUUGUUGUCCAAGAGGUUCCUGAAAUGCCAAAAAAUAUAAGGAUCAUAGAUCAACAGUCUCGUUCCAUACAAAUUUCAUGGACUCAACCGUAUGCUGGCAAUAGUCCUAUCAUCAACUACAUAGUGCAAUAUAAGGAAGCACCAGAUUCAUGGCCAACUACACCGCAAAAAGUGAUAGUCCCGGGCAGUGUAACCUCAGCCAGCGUGCAGAACCUUCAACCAGCGACGUCAUACCAUCUCAGAAUAAUAGCAGAGAACAGACUGGGACAGAGCGAGCCAAGCCAGCUAAUACAAGUCACAACGACUGAAGAGGUCCCAAGCGGACCGCCAUUGGACGUCCGAGUGGAAGCGAAAAGUUCUACGGAGCUAAUUGUCAGUUGGGAACCACCGCAAAGAGACCUUUGGAACGGAAACAUUCUUGGUUACUACGUAGGAUUCCAAGAGCUAAACAGCAACAGCACAGUCCUAAGCGCAAGUGGUCCCGGUGGGGCUUCCUACACAGUUCGUACGGUAGAAGGAGCUGGAACUGCUCGGGCACGGACCACGUUAUCAGGCUUGCAGAAGCACGCAGCGUAUGCUGUAGUCGUGCAGGCUUACAACAGUAGAGGCGCAGGCCCUGCUUCACCUCCUACUACUGCUACUACUAUGGAGGAUGUUCCAAGUUUACCACCAGGAGCGUUACAAUGCACAGCGUUAAGUUCUCAGUCAGUUCGAGUUGCUUGGGAACCUCCCCCUCUAAGAGGGCGCAAUGGAGUAUUACAGGGAUACAGGGUCACUUACGCACCAGUCACAGAUUGGUAUGGGAAUGAAGAAGCGGUGACGAAGCAAAUAUCAGGACUACAUACGACGCUCUCUGGUCUAAGGCGAUUCACGAAUUAUUCAGUCACAGUGUGUGCCUUUACGGCUGCUGGUGAUGGGGUCAGAGCUGCACCUGUAUACUGUCAUACGGAGGAAGAUGUACCCUCAGCGCCAGCUGACAUCAAAGCAGUCGUGUCAUCUCGCAAUAAGAUCUUGGUAUCAUGGUUGCCGCCUGCAGCACCGAACGGAGUUCUCGUCGGCUACACUCUGUAUAUGAGCGUCAUUGAAGACGGACGAGAGGAGGGAACUCACAAACGCAUGCUGUCUCCGAGUACCUUAUCCCACGAGACAUCGAGAUCACCGCCGCGAGCUACUCACCAGUUCUGGGUGUCAGCUUCAACGAGGCUCGGGGAAGGAGAAGCUACUAGAGUUGUCACGGUGUUACCUUCUGAAUCAGUGCCAGCUCGGAUAACAUCUUUCAGCCGAAGCAUCGUAACUCCUUGGAAAGAGAACAUAUCGCUGCCUUGUAAUAAAGUCGGAGUACCAGUUCCAUCCACCACGUGGAGUAUGAAUGGAGCUACCUUGGAGUCGACACUUAGGAAAAAUGUCACCAGCGACGGUUCUUUGGUCAUCAGCAUGACGCAGUACUUGGACAGUGGGAACUACACGUGUUCGGUUGAAAACGUUCACGGUCGAGACGAGGUCACAUACAGCGUUGAAGUGAAGGUGCCUCCUCAGCCGCCCGUGUUGGCUGUUGUGGAUUCCUACGCGGACUCCCUACAUCUUCAGUGGAGCGACCAGGGUGACGGUGGCAGCCCUAUAUUAGGUUACGUUAUAAACUACAAACGGGAACAUGGCGACUGGGAGGAGUUGCAAGUGGAAGCUGGGACGUCAGAACACGUGCUGCCAAACUUAUGGUGCGGGACGAGAUACCAACUGUACAUCACUGCCUUCAACCGCAUCGGCACGGGUCUGCCGUGUGAUAUUGUGCACGCGUACACCAAGGGCACUGUUCCUGUAAAACCGAAGCAUUCUCAGAUGAUAACUCUGAACACCACGACGGUGACGGUGUGGCUCGACUCGUGGGGAGACGGUGGCUGUGGUAUUCUCUACUUCGUCAUUGAAUACCGAGAGAUCAGUCAGUCACAGUGGCGACUUGUAUCAAAUAGUGUUCAAGCAACAGAACGAGUGUUCAGCGUGCCUGGUCUGACGCCUGCGACUCACUACCAGCUCCGUAUCACGGCACACAACAACGCUGGCCACGCUGUAGCACUCUACAACUUCACCACUCAUUCACUUAGCGGUAUGGUGGAGGGCGAGGUGUCGGGCGCGGCGGCGGGCGCGGGGCGCGCGCUGGGCGGCGCGCGCGUGCUGCUGCCGGCCGCGCUGUCGCUGCUGGUGCUGGGCGCGCUGCUCGCCAUCGUGCUGCUCGUGCGCAGGAACAAAGCUGGUACCACAGAGACGGUGGCCACAGAGAGUGGAGUAGGCGAGUCUCCCUCCGUGGCCCAGCUACAGAACAAAGUGAACCGCGACCAGCAGUACCUGGCCGCCAGGGCACAACACCCACCUCCACAACACCAUUACAAACAUGCUUCUAAUGAGUACAUAGAAGACAUUUGUCCGUACGCGACGUUCCAGCUGACGAAGCCGACGGCGUACAGCGAGAGCAGCUACAGCGGCAACGUGUACAGCGGUCCCUACCACUCUGUGAGGGGAUCCUUCGUGUACCACGACCUUAAGCAGAAUGACAAAUAUAAGGGCAAAGAGCCAGAAUACACAAAAGUACGAAGAAAAGGCAACAGGCUGCGAGACCCACACUCCGAGAGCCAAGAGUCGGACAACUUGGGCUCGACGGACUCGGAGGUGAAGAAGAUACUAACGCUGCACCUGCCCAUUACAGAGUACGAAGACGACGCGAGUGACGACGCCAGCGCGCCGCACUCCGACAGUGAGCCGCAGGCCAGGCUCAGACCAGCACACCCCACCGCAUAUCCAAGCGUAGAGCGCGAAGAAUCAUCAUCAUCAUCAGAGAAUUCAGUGGGGGGAGUAGUGAGGAAAGCAUUUCCUUCUCGUAAGGGCAAGGCGGGGGCACUAGGCAAGCGACAUGUGCGCUCGUCUUCAGGGUACAGCAGCCAUAAUGACGAGACCACCUUCAGUAUAUCGAACUACCCGUCAUUCAACGAGCACAUUCAUCCGCCGUCUCGCUUCUCGGACGACACAGAGUGCGAGGGACAUCAUCGACGAAAGAGGGCGCCACACCCACAUCCACAUCCCUCACACCCUCAGCACACCGCACACGAUCCCAAAGUUACUCGGGAAGCCUUCCAAAUCAACGUUUGAACAUAGCCGCAAUUUAAACGACUAAACGGCAUUAUUAAAGAUGGCGUCUUGUGGACAGCCAAUCAGAACAGAUUUAAUUGACGUUUGUUAAAUGUCAAACUCGUUCUGACCAAUGACGUUCGUACGCUAGAGGCGCCAUCAAAGACAGCCUCGUAAUGAAAAGACUAAAGUGAAUGAUUUUGAUAUUGUCAGAAUUAUGAUCUUGUAUCUAUGUAUGUAUGGAUAUAUGUAUUGGAGAGUAUAUAUUUAGAUUUUGUUACUCUGUAAGAGUAGGUAAUAAGGCAUGGUCAAUCUGAAUUAAUUUAUUCAACAAUACUGCACUGCUGAUCUGAAUCUGAAGUUCCAAAUAAAGGGUUAGUUACUACAUUUAUUCAACACUGCCAUAGACGCGUUUUAAGUUUAGAUAAAUUUAUAAACAAACUAUAAAGUUACUCAGUUAUAUUGUUACUUAUUUCCUUGGUCACGGGUUUUCUACUUUGUAAGGAAAUCGCAUAGACCUUCCAUUUAAUACUGUUGCUACUGUAUAUUGGUUGGUACAUUUUUACUACAAGUUGCCAAACUCCACAGAACUUCCAUAUUUACUAGACGUGUACAUAAAGUGUAGAUAGAUAGAGAUAGCCAAUAUAAUUAUAUUUAUUCUUUAGUGCCACGUAUAAUAGCGUAACUCAUUAAUCCUUUUUGUACUCUGAAACCGAGUAUUUUAAAAUGUAACGGUUUCGACUACCGUUAAAGUUGUAGGUUCUAAAACCGUUGGUCGUUGUGUAAAUAAUAAUAUAAUUAAUGCUAAGUACACUAAUGACUAUCGAAUAUAAAAAAUAAGGAGAACAAUAAUUAAAAUAAAAAUAUAUAUUUUAAACUUAAUGCCUUAUUGACCAAAAGUCUUAAAACUAGUUACGGAUGUAAUUGCGUAAUUAUAUCCCAUAUUUAAUUAAAUACGAAUUGUUUGAUUGUUGUAAAGUUUAUGAGAACGGGAAUGUUUUCAUUGGCAAAUCUUAUCAUUGUCUAUUACAUUAAGGUUUUGGAGUGUGUAAAUGAAUUUUCAAGUAAAUAUUUAUAUCUUAGGAUUAUGAUAAGUAUUUGUUGAAGUGCCAACGACGAACCGCAUUCUGUGAGCAGCAAGGGAAUACUUGUAAAUGUAUACAGCACACCGUUUACACAAAAACUUUAUUCAGACAUUUGUACGAUUUAUUGAACGACUAUUGUACCGAACUUUCGAACUAAGCUUAAACUAUCCUCCCUGACUGCUUCGAUGACAUUUUAUUUAAUUUCUCCUGUUCAUGUACUCAAAAAUAUUUGCUUAUUGUCGACAAUGAUACCUACCUAUUGUAUUAUAGUAUACAACGGAUCGUUUUGAACGCGUAUAACUACCGAAAAGUUAAGAAUUUGUUACAUAGAUUUACAGACAAUUUAAAUAUUGUACUACAAGUUUAAAAUACAUACCCUUUUUUAUAAUUUCGCUUUGUUCUACAGUUGUUAAAAUUGUUAAAAUAUGCGCGUUUAAAAUAAUCCCCCAUAAAUAAAUUCGCGCAUUAUAAUCGUUGUAAAAUAAUGAUAGUAUUACGCAAUCCUCAGUGAACAGUAAAACGUGACAAUACACUUACCUAAAUAACGGCAGACAUUUACAAUUUGUAUGUAAAUUAUUCAGAGGCCUUAUUACGAGUUUCUUUUACGUUUAAACUAAUCGU